AUAAAUAAAUAAAUAAAUAAAUAAAUAAAUAAAUAAAUAAAUAAUAAAUAAAUAAAUUUUACUGUCCUCAAAAGGACGGGAGUCUGAGUCAGUCUCGAGCUGGUCAGGAUUGAACUCCUGACAGCAGGCAGAAUUUGCCUGCAAUGUUGCGUUCUAACCACUGCACCACCGGGAUGUCCUAAUAAUGAUUUUCUUCCUUCCUUCAUGUGUGAUGAUGGCUCAGCGGUUGAGACACUGGGCUUGUCGGCUGGAACGCCAGCAGCCCAGGUUCAAGACCCGAGCGCCACAAAAUGGGAUGAGCUCCCAUCCCGACCUCAGCUCCUACCAACUUAAGAGUUCAAAAGCAGGAAAAUGUGUUGUGUCUCGUAGAGAUCCCCCUCAACAUGUUCAGCAACUCCAUGGAUGACCAGUAUAUCGAUUGCAGCUCCACCAGAGAAUUCAAGCUGCAGGAGUCAGGAAAUAUUCCUCUGGAGGAAAAGUAUCAGAAGACCUGGGAAACGGCCAAGAGCCACUGGGACAGCCUUGGCCAAACAGUCGGAAGCUUCAGUGCAAUUUACGGCACUGCGAUUGUGGCCUACACAGUCGGAGAUAGCCUGUACCGUGAUUUCAAUACCGCUGCAAGAGAAGCUGGGAAAUCCCAGGAUUCCUACGAGCAAUAUGCCUUCAAGGACUUCCACCUCCUCCUCACCAAAGCUCUUCAGGCCAAGAAGAAGACGUCCGAUUGCUAUGAGGUCUUCCGCGGGAUAAACGGCAUCCAUUUCACCACCUCCAACAAGGCGGUAGUCCGCUUCGGACAGUUUGCUUCCUCCUCAUUGGACAAAAAGGUGGCCCAAGGAUUUGGUGAGGACACCUUCUUCUCUAUCAAGACUUGUUACGGAGUGCCCAUUCAUGACUUCUCAUUCCACGAAAAGCAAAAGGAAAUUCUCAUCCCACCCUAUGAGACCUUCACCGUGACCAACUACACAAAGACCCAAAAUGGGAUCUUCAUCCGGCUGGAGUCCCUGAAGGUUUACAGCCACUUCAACUGCGAAGUCCUGAAAGAUGCAGGUCUCUCAACUGCUAUGGGGAUGCCCUUCUUUCUGUGGGGUCUCCUUCUGACCUGGACCACCCUCGGGUCUCUAGGAAGCCUCUGACACCUGGGCCAUCAAGGGAGAGAGCCUCCCCUGGGAAGGAGGCCAGGUGCAACAUGCAAAAUACCUUUGCAAGAAAGUAGCUUGUUUGCCCCACUGAAAAGACGAAGCACGAGGAUUUCAGGCAACAAAAAAAAAGUGUUUAUUCAGGGAGGAUGCAGAGACCAAGGAGAUGUCUAUUGGAUAGUGGAUGAUUGUAUCAGAAAUCGACAACUCGAGCAAUAAAG